CAUGCAGUUCCUGGCUCUCUUUCUCCUUGUGGCCCCUGUGGCUUACACUCUGGCUGCUCCAGACCCCACCACAUUCUGCCUGCCAGAAAAGAGUACCGCACUCAUCUUUGGCUUGACUAGUCACAUCCAGGCAAACGUGUCCAUUGACUUCACUCAGAACAAAUUUGUAACUGUCACUGCUCAAGGAAAGAGAGUGUCAGACCUCAAUACUAACAUCACCUACUUGGUUGACGCAACAGGUGCAUGUACCAAGGAGCCUCUGCCUGUACUUGGGUAUAUGACAAGGUGUCUUCCAGCAAACAGCGUAUUCCUUGGUACAGUCUUCGAGGGUUUCGUCAACAAAGUCAACCUGAACGCGUGGCUGAUCCCUGUGAACAAGGACACCAAUGUGACUCUGUUGACGUACACAGAGCCUGGACAAACUGACUCUUACUUCCUGCUCAGGAGAGAUGAUGCUCCACAAGGACAGCGGAUUAUCUUUGUCAGCAACCCUGUCGCUUCCAUCGCUGACUCAUCCGUUUUCAACGUUCCCGCCGUGUGCCCAGACAGUCUGGCGUUUUCUCUCUUCCACAAACUGUCAGUUUAACGAUGACCCAGAUCUAGCGUCUGUCGGUUAAACUGUCAGUUUGUCGAUGAAUGAACUGUACGUGUAAAGGCACCCAAGAAGGAAUUACUAAGAUCAAGACCAUUACUUUGAAUGAUGGUCCAAAUUGACAGCUCUUGUUUGUAUAAAUGUUAUUAAAUUAUUUUGAUGAACUUUGCAAAUAAAUUAUAGUGUU